AUGACACGUAUCAACCAGUCGACGAGCCUCCUGGCGUGCCUCCUGGCCGCAAUAGCCUAUACCCCGACGGACGCGAAGCCGAUUCCCUCACGAGACCAAGCAUGGAACGAACAAGAAGCCGAGUCGUUGAAGCAUCUAGCCCUUGAAGGGUCCAAGUUCCUUCAGGAACUGGCGAAUAGCCCAGACAAUACCUCUCAUGCUUCUCGAUCAGACGACGAACCAAACAAGAUCAACGAGAAGGCUGCCAUCAUUGGAGGAACCAUUACCUCUGGAAUCAUUCUCGGCAUCGCGAUAUUCUUGGGCGUUUUGGUCUACAAAAGGUGCAUUGCUCCUCGACGAGCUGAGAACAAAGAAAACCAGGCCAAAUCGUCGCAAAGAGAUUCCAUACCAGAGACGACAUCUGAUGGCACAUAUCGUGAUACCUGGCGUGACACAUUCAACCACCGGGUACCGACGCCAGGCUCGGAGUCUGUCAGCUCUGAGCGGUCCUUUGGAACCAUGUCCACAGAUGGACAGGCCAAUUCCUUUCCCCCUGGUAAAUGGCCCAAGAUAGUGGUGAAUGACUGCGAGUCGUUGGGGGUUAACCAAGAGAACCACAUAGAUCCUUCAGUCGCCUCAGGUUGUCAUCAAGUUCAGUCGCCCUUGGUACCGAAGCCUCUGCAGCUGCCGACUACGUACAAGGGUCCGUUUGCCUCAGAGCCUUCUUCACCUACAAUCGAGAUGACUCCAGAGCAUCCCCAUCGUGAGUCAGGCGCCUCUGUUUGCACUAUGAGCACCCUCGGUAGGGACCUCCUCCAAGACACGAUGCAGCCCCCGGCGCCGGCCAAGUACUCUCUAUUCCCCAAGUGCGAGCCUCAUAACGAGACAACUCACAUCGGGACAACCCUCCCGGUGAGGAACAAGCAACCUCCGCCAGCCGCUAUGGACAACCCCAAGAAGCCGGGGCGCAUGUUGAGCAGACGGUACUUUGUGCCCCUGUUCAAGCGCAACGGACAGCUCCAGAGCCCCACGUCUCCCGAAGAGGGUGUCGGCAUGGAGACGGUGGCUAGAGACGAGUCGAGGGCUAACAUGUUUUCACUGGGAGAAAACAAGAUCUGA